CAAUGAUUGUCUCAAAAGCUAUCAAAAACUAUAGAAUACAGAAAAUUGAAAAAAUUGGCAAAAUGACGCAAAUGUCACAAGAUGAGAUAAUUACCAAUACCAAAACAGUUCUGCAGGGCCUGGAGGCCCUGCGUGUCGAACAUAUUUCGAUUAUGAACGGCAUAGCUGAAGUUCAAAAGGACAAUGAGAAAUCGGAUAUGCUGAAAAAGAAUAUUGAAAAUAUUGAGCUUGGUCUGAGUGAAGCACAAGUUAUGAUGGCUCUAACCUCACAUCUUCAGAACAUCGAAGCCGAGAAACAGAAACUCAAGACACAAGUGCGACGCCUUCAUCAGGAAAAUGCUUGGCUACGCGACGAACUUGCCAAUACUCAACAGAAAUUCCAGGCAUCCGAACAAUUAGUGGCCCAAUUGGAGGAGGAGAAGAAGCAUUUGGAAUUUAUGGCAUCCGUUAAAAAGUAUGAUGACAAUCAGGAUCAAGAUGAAGCCUGCGAAAAGUCACGUACUGAUCCAGUGGUUGAACUGUUUCCCGAUGAGGAUAACGAGGAUAGAAACAAUAUGUCACCAACUCCGCCAAGUCAAUUUGCAAAUCAGACAUCCGGCUAUGAGAUUCCAGCACGUUUAAGGACUCUUCAUAAUCUAGUUAUUCAAUAUGCAUCACAGGGAAGGUAUGAGGUGGCUGUUCCCCUUUGCAAGCAAGCACUUGAAGAUCUUGAGAAGACCAGCGGACACGAUCAUCCAGAUGUUGCGACAAUGCUUAAUAUUCUGGCCCUUGUAUAUCGUGAUCAGAACAAAUAUAAAGAGGCCGCAAGCCUGUUAAACGAUGCAUUGUGCAUACGGGGGAAGACACUUGGUGAGAAUCAUCCAGCCGUAGCCGCAACUUUGAACAAUUUGGCCGUGCUGUAUGGAAAGCGUGGCAAAUACAAGGACGCUGAACCCCUUUGCAAGCGUGCCCUGGAGAUACGUGAAAAGGUUCUCGGCAAAGACCAUCCGGAUGUUGCCAAGCAACUGAACAAUUUAGCCCUGCUAUGCCAAAACCAGGGAAAAUACGAUGAAGUCGAAAAAUAUUAUCAGAGGGCUCUUGAUAUCUAUGAAUCAAAGCUUGGACCUGAUGAUCCCAAUGUAGCCAAAACUAAGAAUAAUUUAGCUGGUUGCUACCUUAAGCAGGGAAGGUAUACUGAAGCAGAAAUUCUAUACAAGCAAGUUCUGACCCGAGCACAUGAGCGCGAAUUUGGAGCCAUCGAUAGCAAAAAUAAGCCAAUUUGGCAGGUGGCUGAAGAGCGUGAGGAACAUAAAUAUGAUAACAGAGAAAAUACACCAUAUGGCGAAUAUGGUGGCUGGCACAAGGCUGCCAAGGUCGACUCACCCACUGUAACAACCACAUUAAAGAAUCUUGGAGCACUCUACAGGCGUCAAGGCAUGUUCGAAGCAGCUGAGACUUUGGAAGAUUGUGCAAUGCGUAGUAAAAAAGAGGCAUAUGAUUUGGCCAAACAAACAAAAGUAGCACAGCUUCUGCACACUUCAAUUGAAAAACGCCGUUCUAAGCAAUUGAAGGAGGAUAUGGAGUUCCCUGAUGAGAAGACCUUAAAGCCUUAAAAAUGUUGAUCGUCUAUGGCCGCAGUGGAAUCUUAACGCUCUUUUAUUAUUAAGUUAACAAAACGUUUAUUUAUUCAUUCCUUAAAAUACUACUAAGUUUAUUUCUCAAGCUUCUAAGUAUUAGCAUAUAGACCAAGUUUUAUACUUUGUUAUUUCUGCAAAAAAACAAAAAAUAUAAUCUGUACGGCUCUUUUAAAUAAACCAAAUAUAUAUACCAGAAAUGGUUUGUAAAACA